AUGGUGGCCCGGGAUAAAUACGUGCCCCCAGCUUAUAUCCCUCUGGGACAAUCAGAUGUGGAGACAGAUUCUGUACCCCCUGCAUCAGUUGUUGUACCUUCUACACAAGGCAUUAAAAGUGACCCCGGCCAGUGGUCAUCCGGAAUCUGUGCUUGUUUCGAUGAUGUGCAGAGCUGUUGUGUUGGGCUUUUCUGCCCAUGCUAUCUUUUCGCGAAAAACGCACAAGUUUUGGGCUCGGGGACUCUAAUAGGAUCGUGCAUGAUGCAUUCUAUUUUGUGGGCCAUUGUCAAUACAUUUUGCUGCAUGUUGACUGAAGGCCUUAUGUUGGGCUUACCCGGGUGCUUGGUUGCAUGCUAUGCUUGUGGCUACCGAAGAACAUUAAGGUCAAACUACAAUCUCGAGGAAGCGCCGUGUGGUGAUUUCAUCACGCAUUUUUUCUGCCAUUUAUGCGCUUUAUGUCAAGAAUACAGAGAAAUACGCGAAAGGUCUGGAGACUCGAAUUCGCUCAGUUUGAAUUCCGCACAAGUGACCGCUCCUAAUGUGCAGACUAUGGAAUCGACUUCCUCAGAUUCACCUCUCUAG